AUGUGCUCCAGGCUCCCACGGACUGCCUGCUUACUGCGACUCGUUGCACUCUGCAUCAUUCUCUCGCACGCCACAGCCUAUUUCGGGCUGACAGGUAGGGAGCCUCUGGUGUUUUUGCCAGGCCCCUUCUCCAACGAACCUCCGACGGGCAAAGCUCACCUGAAGCAAUGCGAGCAGAUGACCCUGACCCGCCGGCAGAAGCGGCUGUGUCGUCGGGAGCCGGGCCUGGCGGAGACCCUGCGGGAGUCCGUGCGGCUCAGUCUACUGGAGUGCCGCUACCAGUUCCGGAACGAGCGCUGGAACUGCAGUCUGGACGGCCGGGGCAGCCUUCUCAAAAGAGGGUUUAAGGAGACGGCCUUCCUCCUGGCAGUGUCCUCUGCAGCGCUGUCCCACGCCCUCGCCAAAGCAUGCAGCUCGGGCCGGAUGGAGAGGUGCACGUGCGACGACUCUCCCGGUCUGCAGCACAGGGAAGCGUGGCAGUGGGGGGUCUGUGGCGACAACCUGAAAUACAGCACCAAGUUUCUCAAGAAGUUCCUAGGCCAGAAGAGGGUCAGCAAGGACCUGAGGGCACAGAUCGACGCUCACAACAUCAACGUAGGAAUCCGGGCGGUCAAGAGUGGGCUGAAGACGACCUGCAAGUGCCACGGCGUCUCCGGCUCGUGCGCUGUGCGGACCUGCUGGAAGCAGCUGUCGCCCUUCCACGACACCGGGCGGCUGCUGAAGUUCCGGUACGACAACGCCGUGCGGGUGCUGAGUGCCACCAAUGCCGCCACGGGGGAGGCGGAGCUGGUGGGGCCCCGGCGCCCCCACGGCCAGUCGGGCCUCCGUACCACCGACCUGGUCUUCCUGGAGGACUCCCCCAGCUUUUGUAGGCCCUCGCGCUACUCCCCGGGCACAGGUGGCCGGACAUGCGCCAAGGACACCAGCUGCCAGAGCCUGUGCUGUGGCCGCGGCUACAACACGGCCAUGCGUCUCACCAGCCUGUCCUGCCACUGCCAGGUCCGCUGGUGCUGCCACGUGGAGUGCCAGACCUGUGUCCGAGAGGAGGAGGUGUACACCUGUAAAAAAGCCUGA